GAAAGUAUCUAGGAUCAGUUCUUUCUGAAUGCCUUAGUUGAACGGAUCGGUAGCUCGGCUUAAAAAUUUAAUAAAAAUAUAUAAAACUACAAGAAGCUGAGUACUAAAGGUUCCUUAUAAGUGCCUAUAUUAUAAGCGAAUAUUGAGUGAAUAUACAAAAUAAAAAGAAAUCUUCACGAUGAUUCCGGUGUUUAAAAAGUUGGGUUUCCUAUACGACACAUAUGUCCUAGGUAUUCUUACAGUUGGAUAUAUCCUUGGCGAAUUAGGACACUACCUCAUCGGUGUUACAUCGAAACAAACUGCUAUGGAAUUGGAUUACGGUGACAUAGCAUGUCAACAAAAUAAUACAGAAUUUGAGCAAACAUCGUUACCAAUGCAGUGUAACAAAGUUUUCAACAGUUCACAAUGUAUGGACUUGAACAUGAAUGGAACACCAUAUUGUGAAUGGAACUACAAUGGUCUUGGAUGGGACUAUCAGCUUUUAGCAGGACCUAGUUUCAUUGCGGUCUUUACUAUUGCUGGUGUUUUUAUGGGAAUGGCUGCUGAUAAGUUCAACAGAGUUAAAAUGUUGACUGUGUGCACAUUUGUGUUUGCUGUGGCUAUAAUUCUUCAGGGGACAGUAAAAGAGUACUGGCAUCUCAUUUUAUUGAGAAUGGUUAUGGCAGCUGGUGAAUCUGGAUGCAAUCCUUUGGCAACUGGUAUUAUGUCUGAUAUCUUUCCGGAAGACAAGAGAGCUUUGGUUAUGGCAAUUUUCAACUGGGGUAUCUAUGGAGGUUAUGGUAUAGCUUUUCCAGUUGGACGUUACAUAACAAAAGCCAACUUUUGGAAUUUGGGAUGGAGGGUAUGCUAUCUGGGCGCUGGAGUCUUAGCCGUACUUCUUGCUAUUCUUACUGGAACAACACUCAAAGAACCAGAACGCAAGGCUAUCGCCGAAGGUGAUAACCAAAAAGACACUAAGAAAGUUUCUAUUUGGGAUGUAGUUCUACAUCCAAGAAUGAUUCUUUUGAUGUUGGCUGCAUCUAUCCGUCAUUGUGGUGGCAUGACAUUUGCCUACAAUGCUGAUCUUUAUUAUAACAACUAUUUCCCCGAAGUGGAUCUAGGAUGGUGGUUGUUUGCUGUAACAAUAGGAAUUGGCAGCAUUGGUGUUGUAGUUGGUGGAAUUGUUUCAGACAAAAUCGUCGCUAAAAUGGGAAUUAGAUCUAGAGCUUUUGUGUUAGCUUUGAGUCAGUUGAUUGCGACUCUUCCAGCCUUUGGAUCUGUUUAUUUCGAACCAGUUUGGGCCAUGAUUACACUGGGUAUGAGUUACUUCUUCGCUGAAAUGUGGUUCGGUAUUGUCUUCGCUAUUGUUGUUGAAUUGGUUCCAUUGAAACUUCGAUCAACUACUAUUGGAAUCUUCUUGUUCGUUAUGAACAACAUUGGAGGAAACUUGCCUAUUCUGGUUGACCCUGUGGCUAAGAGUAUUGGAUAUCGUGGAUCAAUUAUGAUCUUUUAUGCUGGAUUUUAUGGAGUCAGUUCUAUCAUGUUCUUCUGUUUAUGCUUCUUGCUCGAUGGUAAAGUAGAAGAUACACCAGCAUCAGCACCACCCACAAGGAAUGGAAACAACUUCGACAUGGGUCAUGACAAUAAUGUUUUUACCAGUGACGAGAUAACAUCUGGCAAUAGGCCGGCAAUUUUGCCACAUACCACAUUUGGUAGUGACUAUAAUAAACCAGCAAUGGGAAGAAGUGCUCAUGAGAAUAGCAGACUGUAAAUAAAAUGUAUGCACAUUAUUAAAUGUUAUGUCAUUAAAAAUUCAUUACAUCAUCGUACGGCCAUAACUCAAAGUUAAAAUUAGAUAUUUUAUAGAUCUUUAAAAUUAAGAGUUUUUUAAAUAUUUAAUUUUUUUUUGUUUACGAAAAAUGUUAUUGUUUUUGAUUUAUAUAAAAGUAUUAAGACUCUCUCUCUAAAGAUAGAAAAGUCAACAACGCUUAAAUUGAAACAUAUAAUUCUUUUUUGGGUUAAUAUAUCAGAUAAAAGAAAUAUUUAUGUAAAUAUAUAUGUAUUUUAAAGCGACUGUUACUUGCUUUUUAGUGUAAGUUCAAAUUG